AGCAGUGGUGUCCAUUGGUGAAUUGUGUAGGCAAGUCCAAAGUGUACCAAGUAUUUAAUCCAAAUUGGAUCGAGAUCACUCUUAUUACUCUCUCACUGUGGCUGACUGAACUUAGAAUCUUCAACACAGGGAAGAAGAUGAUGAUCCUCUCUCUUCUCUGGAUGUUCUGCUUAAUUUCUGGAGCUUUCAGUAUCGGGCAUCCAACCAAUGACUACUGGGGAGAGUAUGGGGCUUAUGGAGCCUGCAGCCGCACCUGUGGCACAGGAGUAGCUGUGAGAACCAGGAUCUGUAACACUAUGAGGACGGAUGGUGGGCACAAUUGUGUGGGGCCAUCCAAGUCCUAUAAACUCUGUAACACACAGGAAUGCACUGAUGGGUCUAGAGGUUUCCGCGAACAACAGUGUUCUCUGUUUGACCAAACGGAAUUCCAGGGGAAAAGUUACACCUGGCGGCCAUAUCAUGGAGGUUCGAACCCAUGUGAGCUUGUGUGUGUGCCCAGCGGUGAGAACUUCUACUACCGGCACCAAGCAGCCGUGGUGGAUGGCACACCAUGUUACGCAGGCCGCAGAGACGUCUGUGUGGAGGGUGUCUGCAGAGCGGUGAGCCGUGGAAAGAUUGUGGAUUUGGAGGAUCGCUCUUUUCCUGUCACUUCCAGACAUGGCCCUGAGAAAGUGAACCACAUAAUAGACACCUACAGGUACACAUAUGAACCGUAUUCAGAGUGCUCGGUUCACUGCGGUCAAGGCAUCCAAACCCGUACAGUCCAAUGCAUUAAUGAAAGAACAUCAAUUGUGGUCGAUGACUCCCACUGCAAUGCACAAGGCCUCAGGAGAUUGACUUCCCAGCAGGCAUGCAACCAGCGUCCCUGUGUCGAGUACAGUGUCGGCCCAUUUGGUGAAUGUUCGGUGACAUGCGGCAAGGGACAACAGACUCGAGAGGUCUUCUGCAUCGGGGACAGAGCUCGGCGCAUCCCUGAGCACCACUGCGGUAGCCUUACACGCCCACAUGACAUCACAUCCUGUCAGAGACCGGCGUGCCAACAAGUUUUCAGAUACUAUACCAAUGACUUCAGCCUGUGCACUCGUAGCUGUGGAACUGGUACUCGGGAACGCAGAGUUGUUUGCAUGGAUCUGGACCACAAUCAAUACGCAGAUGAAAGAUGUGCUUCUCUUAGAAAACCUCACAUUGUGGAGAACUGCAACACACAGAUAUGCCCCGGUGCACAGAUGGUGCCAAGUGUCCAGAACCCAAAUGGCUACGAGAGUUCCUUGCGGGGACUUGUGCCUCAAACCCAUGAUGCUCCCUCAGGUUACAGACCAAGUGAUUCGUACCCUGCAGUGAUUGGCCCAUAUUGUGCCCAGUCAUAUUUCGGCUGCUGCCCUGAUGGCCACACCGCUGCCUCUGGGCCUGUAGGAGAAGGCUGUGCUAAAAAAGACUGUCAUAGGACCAGAUAUGGCUGUUGUCUGGAUGGAGUUACUGCUGCCCAAGGUUUUAAAAGAGCAGGAUGUCCUGAGUUCAAUAGGCAGGAUUAUACUUCAGACCGUGUCCACUCCGCUAGUGUGUGCGGUUUGGCACGAGAUGUUGGGCCUUGUUAUAAUUGGACAUCUCGUUUCUUCUUUGAUCGUUCUUCUGACUCCUGCUCACAAUUCUGGUAUGGCGGUUGCCAUGGGAAUGGCAAUAACUUUGUCUCCAAGGAGGAAUGUGAGAGGACAUGCAAGGGUGCUGUCAGUGUUCAUGCCCCAAGGGAGCCAACAUCCAGGAAAGGGAUCAAACCGAUCAAAGUUUAUAAAAUAAGAUCACGUGCACAUAAGUUUUAAAAAAGAUGUAUCAUUAAAACACAGAAACAGUCAAGCAAUUGAAUUCACAUACAUAUGUGACCCUGGACAACAAAACUAGUUUUAUGGGUCAAUUCGAAAUUGAGAUUUUUACAUAAUCUGAAAGAUGAAUAAAGAAUGUUUUUUUUAUAAUUUAUGAAUAAUUAAUUUAUAUUGAUGUAUGAGUUGUAAGAGUAGGACAAUAUUUGGAUUAUAUACAACUGUUUAAAACUCAGGAAUCUGAGAGUAAAAAAAUAAAAAAAUAAUUAGAAAAUCGCCUUUUAAGUUGUGGCAGGCCAUCCACUCACAAAAAUUAAGAUUUUACAUAUUUAAGGCAGGAAAUUUAUAAAAUAUCUUCAUGGAACAUGAUCUUUACUUAAUAUCCUAAUGAUUUUUGGCAUAAAAGAAAAAUCGACCCAUUUUGACCCAUACCAUGUAGUUUUUUUCUUUUACUAAAAAUGUUCCUGUGCGACUUAAGACUGGUUUUGUGAUCCAGGGACACAUAAACAAAGCUGAUUACUACACAUACACAGUUAAAGGUGCACUCAGUA